AGCGGGGAGGUGGCAGGUGACGGGUGCGGGGCCGCUGCCGCUCCCCCCGGAGGACCGUUCCCCCGCGGCGGGCCGUGUUCGGCGCGGAGCAGCCCAGUGCCCAGCCCCGGAUCCCCGGUGCCCGAGGAGCCAUUACAGAAACGACAGAGAACUGUGGAGGAUUUCAACCAGUUCUGCACCUUCGUUUUGGCCUAUGCAGGCUACAUUCCCUAUCCUGAAGAGAAUGAGCCCUGGACCCAUGGAGGCAGCAUGAGUCCCCAGAACAGCACAGGAAGCACUCAGGACAGUGAUAGCUGGUCCUCAUCCCAAUCCUCUGACUGCCAUGCCCUGACAGAUGACAGGAGGAGCAGGAAUGCUGUGACCAGGGGGGCUGUGGACAACAGCCUGCUCAUGAGCUGCCCUGCUUUCCCCACUGGCUUCUACGAUGUCCGACCCCAGCAAACCAAACGGAAGAAACCACCAGUGAAGAAACUCAUUUUGGACGAGGAGGUGGUGAAGAAAGUGCCACUGAGCACUGGGAAGAGCUUUGGGGCAGAGCAGAACAGGGUAAAGGAGCCAGCUGUACUGGAGGGACAGGUGCCUCCUGUGAAAGAGCAGCUCUUGGACCCUUCCCUCAACCCAUCUGGAGACCCACAGCCCAAUUGCCUCCUGGAAGAGCUGGUGAAAGAGGAGAAGGACUGGAUGCAUGGAGCACAGGGGACUGAGAAGCCUUCAAAUGAUUCUCAGCUACAAGAGCACGAAGCUUUCUCUGGAGGGAGGAAAAGCCCUGGUUCUUGCAGUACCUUGGACCAGAGUGAGGGAGAAGAUGCGAGCAGAGGGAGCUCACAGAUAAGUGCAGUCGAAUUUUCAGCAGCUCCCAACACCAAAGCAGAAGAUGAUGAUGCUUGGGAUCUGAUCACCUGCUUCUGCCUAAAGCCCUUUGCAGGGAGGCCCAUGAUCGAGUGUAAUGAAUGCGCUACCUGGAUCCACCUCUCUUGUGCCAAGAUCCGCAAAUCCAACGUGCCUGAGGUUUUCAUCUGCCAGCGGUGCCGCGAUGCCAAGCAGGAGAUCCGCCGCUCCAACCGAGCUCGGACAGUGCCCCGCAAGCGUUUCUGUGACUGAAGCCCCCUCUGAGCAGGGAGGCUGGGGGUGCCCUUUUUAAACUGAAGACUGUAGCCUGGUUUGGCUAGACAAUCAAUGCACCGUAGUGGCAGGGGAGGGGCUGGACUGUGGGGCUGGACUGUCCCCCUUGCAUUUCUGGUUCCUGGAAGCUGCCACGCGUGUCCUCCCUGGAGAUCGCGUUGGUCACAGAGCUCAGUUACCCCAGAGGUGCUGGGGGGAGAGCAGGGUGGUCCAGCCAUGCACUAGGUCACUCUGAAAAAAUCUCUGUCCUUGCACAAAGCUGGCUCAGUGCCUUUUGCCCCAGGGCAGUUGAGGAGAACCUAGUCCUAGUAGUUUUUCUGUGGUGUGGUGGAAGCUUACGCUUAUCUCAAGAUGUGACUCCCUUUCCUCCCUUUUCCUUACUGUUUUCCUUUCCUUGCCUGAGACCUUUGGGUGGGCUGUAAUGGCAAAGCCCUGGUGACCCAGGUUCUCCUUUCUCCUUUAGCAAGUAGAUGCAGUUUAGGUGAGCUCUCCAUGCAGUGUGCUGCUCUGCAGAGCAGGAGAGGAUGGGAUGUCAGUCUUGGCUGGCACCUGAAGCAGACUGUGGCUCUGCAUCCAGGGGGUAUCAGUGGAGCUGUACAUCGCAGAGAUAUCAGCCUUGUAGGCUGCACAGGGGGUCUCCUUCCUCUGGCCCGGGGUGCUUCUGGUUUUGUUUGCUCUGCCUGUGGGCCCAGGAUAGUUCUGCUUGGUCAGGAUAUAUAAUGGCAUUGUCUAGUAGAUGACUACAGGGAUGCUCUGGCCAAGCAGCCCUCCUUGGUUCAUGUUCUCCAGUUGCACUGAGGUUGCCUAUGUGAAGGGGGGGUGGUGGGAUUCCUGGUAGGAGACUGAAGUUAUUCUCAGCUGGCCAUGGCAGGGCUGGGAGCCCUUUGGGAGCAGAGCAGGAGACUGCUCCCGUUAGUUUUCCAUGUUUUCUAUUUCCAGUUUAGAACAACUGAAGCUUGUACUCUAUGGCCAUCUGCCUGCAGAGCUGUGUGGUGGAGCGUCUGCUUCACCACCAGUUGUUUGAGUCCUGAGAUCAACUGGAGCUGGCAGGGCCUUGUUUCCCAACACUCCAUUCAUCACAAAAGUAAUUGGGUUGGGUUUUUUCCUGACAUGUAGAGUGAAAUCUAAUGACUUGUCAAGAGUGGGCCCCGAGCCCCUUCUGCUAUGCAACUGCUGCUCUGGAGACACAGGAUGUGCCCUCUCUAGGCCCCCAGUUUAGGCUGGCAGUAGAAGGCUUUUCUCCCCUCCCUGUGCACUGUGUGUGAUGUCCUGGGGCCCUGUGUGCACUCGUUGGAUCCCUUCUCCUCCUCACAGCCGCUCCAAAGAGCCUGGCCCAUGUGCCUUCUGCACUUUCCCUGGGGGAUGCAGACCCCACUCCUGUCCUGGUGACAGCCUCCACUUACCAGUCCCUGUGACUACAUUUCUUAACUGGGUUCUUUCCUACUUGCACAUUUGGUUAUGGUGGGACCAUAAGUUGGGGGAAGGUGUGGGGCAGCCCCCUGUCACUCAGCAACCCCCAGACUCGUCCCCAUGCCUCUAUCCUCCUGUGGAAAACCUGGGCCCCAAAAGUGCUUUAUGUUUUUUAUAGUUACUUUGUAUUGAUAUGUAAAAUAGCAAAUUCUGGUCCUUGCCCUGUGGAGUGUGGCUGGAGUCUUAUGUAUAUAAUAAAGUACUUUUGCCAUAA